AUGCUUAAAUUUCAAAAAAUUAAAAUUAAAAAUAAUGAAAAAUAUUUAAAAUUAAUUUUAUUAAAUUUUCUUUUAUUUUUCCUCCCCUCCUCCUUUGGUCAAGAUAUUAAAUGUGAUUUUGAAUCUUUAAAUAUUAAUGAAGAUGAAUUAGUCCAUACUUGCGAUAAAACCAAUGCCCCUGGGAAUUAUUUUAUUUAUUGUAGUGGAAGGAUUAUUCAGGCCGUCAAUUACCAUCAAUUACUAGUUGGAAAUGAUUCAAAAUAUUUUGUUGACCAACCAACAAAAUUAGAAGCUUCUGUAGUACAACAAAAAUUUGACGAAUUGUUUCCGAAGAGUAUUAAAGUAAAAGACAUGGAUAGAGACAAAUUACAAAAUUUUAUGAAUGAAUAUUUUGAUGAUCCUAUGUCGAAUACUACAGCUUUGCAAAGUUGUAAAAACAUAACAAACUUCCAACCAAAACCUCCAACAUUGGCUGCAAUAAAAGACGAUAAGAUGCGAGAAUGGGCUUUUGAAUUGAAUGAAAGAUGGAAGGAACUAUGUAUUCAAAUUCCGGCUGAUGCAAAUAAUCCAACACAUAAUUCCAUCAUCUACUUGCCCAAUCCAAGUAUUAGGCCAGGCAGUCGUUUUCGAGAAGUUUAUUAUUGGGAUAGUUAUUGGACUAUUAAAGGAUUGCUAGCUUCUGAAUUGCCUGAACUUGUGAAAGGAAUGCUGGAAAAUUUUGUGGUGUUAAUUAAAAAUCAUGGAUUUAUUAAUAAUGGGGGUAAUUUUUAUUCUGAUAUUUAA